CUCCCAGUUGGCUGAAUUCCCCAGGGGACACUUUGUACAUUAGCCUUUUAUAUAUAGAGAUGUGAUACCUCAGAGGGUGUGCAAAAACAGGUGGCCAUAUUUGGCCUAGAGGAGUAGGCCUUACUCUGCUGUCCCUGUCCUCAGGAGUGUUCUUCGGAGUACUUGAAUUUCUAAGUUUAGUCUUUCAAGAAUGGUGAUUCAGAGUUAUAUCUCCCAUUUCUGAGUUCUAGUACAUUUCAUAGAACAUCUGAAAUGUUUCACUCAUCCUCCAUUUCUUGGAGAGUGAGUGAAAAAUGUUUUCUUCACCGUUUGGAACCUGAGAUACAGAGAAAUAGAUUGACUUCUGCAAUGUCAGAAUCAAAAAUAGGUUUGAAAAUACUUUUCAAUAUUCAGUACUCCUUUCUGGACCUGUAAACCAGCGAUCUUUUUGCCUGGGUGGAAGUGUCGACAUUGAAAGCUGGAUGGAACAUAAGACCAGAAAGUGAGUGUCCUGCAGGCUCCCUGAAGGUUGGGCAGGAUGAAAUCUUUUUUUCCCCCCUGACGUGAAUGAAUACUUUUCAUCCCAAGGAAAAGAAAACAUGAAGUAUUUCUUCACUUCCUGGACAUUGUAACAUUUAUCUGAUGAAAGGAUAAAGUAAAUGAUGGAUUAUUCAAAAUAAAGUUAUAGCCAUUUUCAACAAGGUUCAAUGAUUAAAACAUCUUUAUAAAGAAAUUUCCAAGUUAAAGAUGAAAAAAAAAUACUGGAAUUAUUUGGAUUCUAACUGACAGGAUAAAGAACACAGAAUUUCCCAGUUACAUGCAAUGGAACCUCAGUAAAAUUCAUCACUUUGGUAUGCACCCAACUGGGAACAUGGAUGUUGGUUUUUCUCGUUCUGCUGUUCAGACACUGUCAAGAAGCCACUGCAAAAACAUCAAACAAAAAAUUUCUCAGUGGGAAGGACGGACUAAUGGUUUAUCUAAUCCAGAUAAGUGGCACCGAAAGGACCUUGGAAUGAGAUAUAAUAACUGUCACCAGGAGAUUCUUCUUAAGAAGAAUCGUGUUGCUGAGGGAAAGAGCAAAAGGUUGGAUGUAACCAACUCUCAACAUGUUGGUCUAGAUAUUAAUGAAGAUGCCAAAAGCCGGGACCAAAGUGCAGAUGAAAGUGAGAAACAUGAAUGUGACAAUACUCACUUCUUUAAAAGUGAAUCAGAAUCCAACUGGGUAUGUUCAAGGGUCAAACAGAUUGAAAGCUGGAAAGAAGUUGCUUUGGAUCCAGAGACUUCGUUACCUCCAGGGAAUUUCUAUACCUCACAGAUCCUGUGGAAGAAACUCAAGGCUCUUCCCCCGGAUAAAGUCCUCAAUUUGGCUCUAGAACAUCGCGUCUCUUCGGAAAAGGAACUGGACUUCAGAGAUCUGGAGGGUUCCUAUGGAGUAACCAAGAGCUUGGAAAAUAUCUAUUCUGAACCGGAAGCACAAGAAUGUGGACCUUCUAUAAAUCCUUUGCCAAAACCUCGUAGGACAUUCAGAUAUUUGUCUGAAUCUGGUGUUGUGCCAUGUAAAGAAAGAAACUGUGACAGAAAACACUGUGAAAAUAAUUCUUGUGCGGAGUCUUGUUUGGCCUCUUCUCAGGAACCUGAACCAAAGAAAUACGGGGGGAAAAUCAGAGGGAGAUCGAAAAGGAAAUCCUUUGAAUUUGAAGACAUUCAGCACUUCCGAAAUCGGAACACACAGAAGAUGCAUGAAGAACUUGGAAGAAAUUCUGGCUCAGCACUUUAUUACACACAGUCUGAGGACAAUAUCUACGAGGAUAUCAUAUAUCCCACCAAAGAAAAUCCAUAUGAAGAUAUUCCAUUGCAGUCUUUUCCCAUGUGGAGAUCCCCUUCAGCAUGGAAGCUUCCACCCCCUAGAAGUGCCUUCAAAACACCCAAGCUUCCUCCCAAACCUCACUUCCUUCAGCGGAAGACCAUGGAACUGAAGAACUCGCAAGCUUAUGUAAGGUCAAAGCUCACCAAGGACACCACUUUGCCCGUCACUUUAACUGAAUGGAAGCUCUUCCGAGCUGGAGAAGUUGCAAACAGGAAAAGAAAAAAUGUUCCAAGGCUGGUAUUGAGAAUAGAUGACAUAUUUGAAUCAAAGAGAGGGAAAAAGAGAGUAAAGUUACAUCCGUACUCAGGAAAAGACGUACCUCCUUCUAAAGGUGAAACCAGUGGGAACGAAAGUGAUGCCGAGUAUCUGCCAAAGAUAGCUGAGGGAAGAUUAGUCCUGAGUGGGUUGCGACCUCUGGUGCUAGAGGGAAGCCGGCUUCCAUGGAAAACACGGCUCCGUGCUGUCGUUGCAGAUCGCCACAAGCGCUUAGCGCAGCUGCAGCAGUGUGCCAAGAGGAACCCCCACUACCAGACCUUAGAGCGCGACCUCAUUGAGUUACAGGAGCAGCAGCUGUUUGAACUCUUUGUGGUUGUGUCUCUCCAGAAGAAACCAUCAGAUAUAAGCUACGUUCCCCAGGUCAUUCAGCAGUUCCCUGGCAAGGGUGAUCAUGGCUUUAAGCAAUCCAAAGACACUGAAGAGAGGCUCAAAGUUAUCCCCAAAUUUUGUUUUCCUGAUUCGAAGGACUGGGCUCCAACCUCAGAACUCAAGAGUGAGACGUUCUCCUUUGUCUUAACUGGUGAAGAUGGGAGCCGGUGGUUUGGUUACUGUAAGAAGCUUUUGCCAGAAGGCAGAGGAAAGCGCCUGCCCGAGGCUUACUGCGUGGUCAGUCGCCUGGGCUGCUUCAACCUCUUCUCAAAGAUUUUGGACGAAGUAGAGAAGAGAAGAGAGAUGUCUCCAGCUCUGGUUCACCCCUUCAUGCGAAGUGUCAUGGAAGCUCCUUUCCCGGCCCCGGGACGCACCAUCACAGUGAAGAGCUACCUCCCUGGGGCUGGAGACGGGUCGGUUGAACUCUGCCGACCACUGGAUUCCCGGCUGGAACAUGUGGACUUUGAAUGUCUCUUUAAGUGCCUGAGUGUGUGUCAUCUGAUUCGGGUCUGUGCGUCUCUCCUUUUGGAGCGAAGGGUAAUCUUUGUGGCCAACAGCCUAAGCACCCUGUCAAAGUGUGGCCAUGCUGUGGUUGCCACACUGUAUCCAUUCACCUGGCAGCACACCUACAUCCCCGUCCUGCCAGCGUCCAUGAUCGACAUCGUGUGCUCACCUACUCCGUUCCUCAUCGGCAUCCUGUCUUGCUCCUUACCGCAGCUCCAGGACCUGCCCAUUGAAGAGGUGCUGAUAGUUGAUCUCUGUGCAGACAAGUUCUUACAGGAGGUAUCUGACGAGGAUGAAAUUUUACCACCUAAACUCCAAGCUGCCCUAACACAGAUUUUAGAAGAACGAAAUGAAAUUUUGGCUCAGGAGCAGAAUUUCUCACAAGAGGUGACACUCAACUCUCUGGUGUCAGAAGCAUUUGUCAGGUUUUUCGUGGAGCUGGUGGGCCAUUACUCUCUGAACAUGACUGUCACUGAGCGUGGGGAGCGUGUAUUCCAACGGGAGCCAUUCCGAAAAUCUCACACCUCCCGCAGCGUUCGCCACUUCCUGGAUCUCUUCAUGGAAACUCAGAUGUUCGCAGGAUUCAUCCAGGACCGAGAGCUUCGGAAAAGUGGGGUGAAAGGUUUGUUUGAGGUCCGGGCCUUCCAGUAUUUGGAAACAAUUCCUGAGUCUGAACCCAGUGGGGUGAACAGAAUUUUGCGGAGUCUCGGAAGUAAAAUGAAAUUUCUGCAGAAGAAAUGAAAUCUCCCACUGCUGUCUCAUCCUAAAUAGGACAGAAAGUGCCAAAGAAAAUAUUUUUCCAAGAGUCAGGAUGCCCUGAAGUAUUCUACAAAAUCCUUGAAAGCUGAGAAGGUUACAGAGCAGGCCAGAGUCUUGGAGGAGGAUUCUCCUGCUGCUGCUUUGUAAUCGCUGGAGAAUUGUCGAGAGUCACGUGGAACCAAUGCUCUCUUCACUCUGCCUCUUGUUGUUUUUAAGUGGCCUUUGCUACUUGAUUCUUGGGCUCAUUCUUUGUGUGUUGUGCUUAGGCUAUAAAGGCACUUGUCUUUUAUCAGGGAAAGACUUGGUGUUGCAUUUUUUAAAAAGCAGCUCAAAGAGGAGCACAAUGAGAGAAAUGCUGAGUUCAAGGUACCAGAGAGGCAUGACAGAAGUGGCUUACACUAGCCCUCUACACACAGCUCUCAUCACUGAAACACACAGCACCUUUAAGCCUAUGGGCUGUUCUUUGUCCAGUGUUCCGUCAAGGGGAAUCUCACUUAUUGGAAGCCCUAUUGUUAGUCCUGUAAUUGAGUACCUUGUAACAAUAGACUUAAUACAACUCCUCCCCCACUCUGUGUGGCACUGGAGUAGCAUGUCCCUCAUGGUCAACAUGAAACUUGUUGGAAUUAUAACUAAUGGGACAUGUCCUUCCAAGGACAUGAGAACUACCUUUUAUUUUACUUUUUUAGUGUCUACUCUAUGCCAUGCACUGUGGUACAUGUAUGUAUGUCAUCUUAGUCUUCAAAUCAACUUUUGGAGGUAUUUGCAUCUCCAUUUUACUAGUGAAGAAACUGGAAUUCAAAGGAGUUAAGUAACUUGCCCAAAGUUGUACAGUAGAGCCAGAACUAAAGCCAAAACUGUUAGUUGGUGAACACAGAUAAAGUUGGUUAGUCCUGAGAUGGAAAUUUGAGCUGUAUGGGAUUGUAGCUAUUGAAAAGUUUUCUUUUAAGCUGAAGUACCAGAGCCACUCAGCUCUGAGGAUAAGGGCCUUCAAACUAUAGAUGUCUAGAUGAGACUCUAUUUCGGUUCUCCUAGGAUUGUUGGAAUUUUUGCUCUAAUUAAAUUGGAGUCAGGAAUAUGAACAUUUCCUGGGACAACACCACAUAAUCACCCCAACCUUUAAGGUCUAAAGCUGCAGUAGUGAUUGGAAAGAGGAACUUGUCAGUGAGGUAUUAUUACAACAAAUGUCAGUUUUCUUUCUGAUGAUGGUUUUAAUUGGUAUAAAAAUAUUUAUUCAAGCUUAACAAAACCUUACAAGGUUUAUGAGGAUAGUUUAUUGACUUGUACAGUAUUAGUUCAUCCAUUCAGGUAUGCAUGGAUGAACUGAAGCAGACACCAGGUAACCGGUGCUACAUAAUUACUAUAGAUGUGGGCCCAGCAAAUAGAACUGAGCCUAUGUCUUUUUUAAAAUGUUUAUUAAGCAGCUUACCCCAGUGGGGCUUUUACCGGAUGUCUCUCCAUUUGGUCUCUUCUGACAAUCCAACCCGAGAGAUCAAUCAGUAACUGGGAAUUGUCUGUAAAUGGGGGUGGGGGUAUUAUUGUGGUGCAUCCUGGCCAUCCCUCUGUGAGGAGACCUUUGCUUUCGGGAUCGGGUCGUAUUUUAUCCCUGUAACUGGAGCUGCUUCCUUUCCUGAGGUCUAUUUCAUUUUGUUUUUGUAAAGUUUUAUGAAUGCUGGACAUGGUUGUAAAAUAAUUGUUCAAGAUGUGUAUAAAAUGUUGUUUACAGUUCUUCUAAUGAAUAAAUACAAAAAUUCCA